UGUGGGAUGCAACGUUGCUAUAAUGAAAGGAAAAUAUUUUGCAACCUUGAUGCCAUCAAAAUUUCCCCUAAUAACAACUUUAGCUUACCCUCCUAAUUAUUACGAAGGAACUAAUCAAGAAGUUGCCACCAAUGAUCAGCCUGGAAGCCAUGACAAAAAUCCUGAGCAGGAACAAAAUUCAUCAGCUCAGCAGCCAGCGGCAACGCCUCAUUGGUAUCCUCUAUCUUGGAGAAGUGGUUUCCCCCGAGCUUUUUCUUUGAGGGAAGUUGAAGAGAUAACUGAUGGUUUCGGGGAAGAGAUCUUGCUUAAGAAAUCGGAAAACCUGAACGUUUAUGAGGGAAUUUUCCAGGAAACGCCUGUGGUGAUCAAAUCUUUCCAGGAAGACGACGACCGAUUCUGGACAGUGUUGAUGAUCCUUUCCAGGGUUCGCCAUCGCAACAUUAUGAACCUGGUGGGCUACUGCUGCACUGGCAGUAGCCGGUUAAUAAUCAGUGAUUUUCCAUGCUUGGGUACUCUUGCCAGUAACUUGAACGAUGAUGAGUUGGCGAGAAAAUUGACAUGGAAAGCAAGGUGGUAUAUAGCUAUAGAAAUUGGAGGAAGCUUGCGGUAUCUUCAUGAGGAGUGUGGAGAUGGACCUAUUGUUCACCAAUCUGUUUGUUCUGGUCAUAUUGUUUUUUCUCACGGUUGCUCUGCUAUGCUUUGCAAUUUCUUGGCGGCAAAGUGGCUUAAUCUCCAGGAAUCACCAGCUGAAACCGAAAAUUCGGAGCAAGAUGAGAAGCUUUAUAUAGAUGUGCGAGACUAUGGAAUGUUCCUAUUAGAGCUCAUCACCGGACAAAAUGCUGAGGAGAACAAGGGGCAGUCUUUGCUUGAUUGGGCAGUACCACUUAUAAAAGAUGGAAAUCUAGAGCAAGUGAAGGAUCCCAGAUUGCUGGAUGCUAAUAGUGAUAAGAAGAUGAUUCAAUAUAUGGCAAAGGCUGCCUUGCUCUGCCUCAAAUUUUAUGAUUCACCUCAUCCCCAACCUACAAUAAGUAAGAUUUUAGCAGUGGUUCGAGGUGAUCCACUUGCCAUCAGCAAGUGCUCUCCAUAGAAAAGCUCUGCUUGAAUUCAUGGACUGAGACAAGAAGAUAAGAAAAGGAAAGAAAGAAAUUAAAUAGUUUUUUUCACCAUGAAAAAUCAGUAACACAGAAUCAAAUGAGCUCCCUUCACUGUCUUGUUAUAUGGAAAACAAUUGCUCUUUAUA